UUUAAGUCAAAAUGGAGGAGUGUCCUAUCUGAUUCCGUGACUUUAACAACACCCUAAAAGCAUAUAUGCUUAACUGCGGUCACUAUUUCUGACUUGAAGAUGUCCAGUCCAUGUACAAAGAUAGUGAAGGCAUGGAGGAAAAUAAAGAACCUCAAGGAAAAACAGGGAUAUGAUGCUACAUUUGCAAACAACAUCAUUUCGUAAAUAGCUUCGAUAAUAUAUCAAAAGAAGUGGUCGUCAAAAAGUUAACAAGGAGACUACCGAAGGAAGAAUUAAAAUUAGACUGAACUAUGGACAGAAUUGACAAUUUUAUGAAAUCUGACCAAAACAGCGAGUAUGAUGAGGUAGAAGGAUCUGAAGAUGAAGAAGAAAUGAUAGAGCAAAAUAAAGAAGAUGAGCUUGAUAUUGAGCUCCAACCUGGCUUUAAAUGAGGAACUCAUAAUCAAUUACUUCACUCAUACAUCAUCAGCAAUCAUGUCCUAUUAUGUAACGAAUGAAUAGAAGAGAAAAAGCUUCAUGACGAUCGAUACAAGCCGAUUCCAAGAGUAGUAAAGCAAAUAAAAAGAGCUCUAGAUGACCAGAAAUUCAGCAUAGAAGAGGCACAUAAUAAGCUAAAGUAUUUCAAAUAGCUCUCUCAAGGUCCACCUCGAUACAAAGAAAAGAAAAUGAAUUCAGAAGACACUAGACUAUUUUAAAUAAACUAAAACAGAUGAUUCUUUCUGAAGAGAUCAGAGCCUUUGAGAGAUUAGACGAGGUAUUUCACAAGAUCGAAGAAAAUACCUACGGUACUAAUAAUAUCAACGGGAUUUUGGAAACCGUAGCUGGCAAGGAAAAAGAAAUUCAGUGACUUAUUGAUUUCCCUGAACAAGAACUUGUCAAGUUUUAUGAAGAUGUAAAGGCUCUUACUCAUAAGAAUGAGAGAUUUUAUAAAUUAAAGAAAUAUAGGGAUUUUGACUUUGAGUUUAAAUCAAAGACAUCUCUCUUGUCUCGAAUCCAGGAACUAAUCAAAGGCUCAUGGAGUUUUAACGUCAAGAAGACUAAGAAGAAAGAGAUAAAGACUAUUAUGAAGAAGUGCCUAGACGCAGACUCUUAUUGGAACUGUAUGAAAUGAUCUAAAAGAAACCUCUGAUCUAAAAACCUCACACAGUGCAAACACUGUGAGUCCUGAAGACCACUGAGAAGUUUUAAGUCUAUCUCAGACAAUCGCAAGGAUAUUAAUAAGGAUGAUUUGAAGAAGAUUAACCUCAGGCGAAGCAGAGAGCAUAAAGAAGUUCAAAGAUUAACAAAGCUUGUAGAAGAGCUUGAAGAGAACAACGUAAUGCACCUUCCUUACUACUUUAUUGAAAAGGAGUGGUAUAACCAAUGGAAUGUCUUUGUCACGAAUAAUAAGGAAGAUAGGUGAUAUCAUCUGUACAAGUCUCAUAUCGAGAAAUUAGGAGUCAUAGAUCCAGUAAAAAUUGAUAAUAGCCUUCUAUUUUCCUCUACAGGCGAACUUAAGAGAGGUCUUACUCCUGAAAAUGACUUUGAAGCUGUUGGCCAGCCUGUGUGGGAAUAUCUAUAUAAACUUUAUGGAGGAGGCCCUAUUAUAAAGCGAGAAACUAAAGAUAUUUAUUCUCUAGAGCUUGAUACGUCUGAAGAAGAGAAAAGACAAGAGAAAAUCUUGCAGCAGCGAGAGAAAACCAAUUUGCCAACAAGAGAGAUUGAAGAGCUUAAUACCAAAUUUGAUCAACAUUAUGCUUAUAUUGAAUCUCUACAUUCUCAGUUAGAUUCAUCUUUGGAGCACAGAGGACAAACAAGAAAGGAUAUAUUUGAUGAAGACUUUAAUUUUGAUGAAGAACUACAAACUGAAACAUUCUUUGCCCCACAAAUGCAAGAAGGACUCGGUUGAAUGGACUCACCACCUAAAAGGAUCACUAAAACUGUUCAUAAAACUAGGAAAAAGAAUAAAAAGAAAUAACUUAGAAGCCAUCUUAAGAAAUUA